UCACCUUUGUGCUGAGCUUUAGCUCGACCAAUCACAGAGCACUUCUCACUCAGCAGAUUCAGACAGACAGUUCGGUUAGUUGCACGCGCUGACUGCAGGUGAAUAGGCUACAGUAUUGCGUUUUUUAUGUUAAAAGUUGUCACACAUGCCCUGCGUGUUAAAUAGUUAGGAGCACUCUUCGUGACUCACUAUUCCACCUGUAAAGGAUUUUUUUUCUUCUUCUUCACAACUGUGCCUGAUACUCUCGCUUACCUGUUGGUUACUUUUUACUCAUUAUGGCCACGCGCGUUCGACCGAGUAAUAAACGGUGUGCAGUCAUCGGGGGGUCUGGUUUUUUGGGCAGACACUUGGUGGAGAAGCUGUUGGAUCGAGGCUACUCUGUUUCUGUGUUUGACAUCCGUCAGAGCUACGAGCUGUCUGGUGUCACCUUCCACCAGGGAGACCUCUGCGACAGACAGGCUCUGCUGCCAGCUAUGAAGGAUGUGUCCCUGGUCUUCCACUGUGCCUCCCCGGCCCCUGCCAGCGAUGACCGCGGGCUAUUUGAGAGGGUCAACAUUCAGGGCACACGCACAGUCAUUCAGGCUUGCAUCGAGGCUGGAGUACAGAAACUGGUCCUGACAAGCAGUGCCAGUGUGGUGUUUGAAGGCACAGACAUUAAGAAUGGGAGAGAGGAUCUACCGUACGCCAAGAAGCCCAUCGACUAUUACACAGAGACUAAGAUUGAGCAAGAAAAGCUGGUCCUCGAGGCCUGUGACAAGGAGAAGGGUUUCCUCACAGUUGCCAUCCGGCCUCAUGGCAUCUUUGGCCCUCGGGAUCCACAGCUGGUUCCUAUCCUAGUGGACACGGCUCGCAGGGGCAAGAUGAAGUUCAUCAUUGGUGAUGGGACCAAUCUGGUGGAUUUCACCUUUGUGGAGAAUGUAGUUUAUGGCCACAUCCUGGCUGCUGAACGCCUGAGGUCGGACUCCCCCAUAUGUGGAAAACCGUACCACAUCACCAAUGAUGAGCCAGUUAGAUUCUGGGACUUCAUGUCUGAGGUGUUGGUGGGUCUGGGAUAUGCUGCUCCCCGCUACCACCUGCCCUACACUCUUGUAUACGGACUGGCCCUGCUCCUCUGGCUGCUGGCCCUGAUCCUGCGUCCUCUAGUGUCCUUUAAACCCACCUUUACACCAAUGAGAGUGGCUCUGGCUGGAACCCACCACUACUACAGCUGUGACCGCGCCAAGCAGGACCUGGGCUACAAACCCGUAGUCAGUCUGAAGGAUGGGAUAGCACGCACAGUGCAGAGCUACCCUCACCUCAGACAAGGGGCUUGAUGGUAGAAUGGAGGUAAAGGCUGCUGAGAGACAUGUAUAAGGACGUACAGUUACAAUCACUGAAAAUAAGGUGUACCAUUUGUGUGCCUUUUCAAUAAUGCCUUUUCAAGUUAUGUACCAUUUUUACCAGCAGAUGGUAGCAAAUGAUUAUGGUUUUGGUCAACACACUGCAGUCUGGUCUUUCCAAAGUUAUAAAGCACUUCGUAAACAGUAAACCACUGCUUAUGGCAACAUAAAUAUACUGAUCUUACACUGUGAAAACUGCAAAGACUUACAAAUAUUCUUGUUCCAUGUUCACCCGUGUGCUGUACAACUGUUGAGAUGCUGCUGUUAAAUGCCUUAAUGUAUUCCACUAAACCAUUAUUCUCCUGAUACAACUUGCAUGAAAAUUAUUGUUUAAAAUGAUGACUGGCAUUACAUUACAUGGCCAAACGUAUGUGGACAGGGAUGUGUAUUUUUGGAUGUGUUUAUUCAAUUUGGGAUAGGCUCUUUGGAACAAAGCAAGCAGCAUAUGAUAAUAUUGGGCCUUUCUUGUUUCAACCGAACCAAACCCCUGUGCUCAAUGCAACUGUGUGGAAAUGUGGAAAGCCUUCCUAGAAGAAUGGAGGUGGCAAUAUAUAAGCAGCAUAUUACUUUCUAUAAUUCAGAGCAUAUGUUCACCUUUUUUCAAGUCUGUCCUAAGACAAUACAUACCCAUAUGCACAAUAAAACAUUUUUUGGUUCCAGGGAUUGUUUUAUCCUGUCCAUACUGGCCAUGAAAGCAUCCCCUCCUAAUGUGAUUCCAAUGCAAGAAUUGGGGGAUAAAAGUUCAGCCAAGGCCAAUAUGAGGCUUUAGCAGACUGAAAUAGACAAAUCAAUGGAUCAAACCUACUGUGGAUUUUGCACUAAACACACUGAAACUUUAAAGGUUCCUGAUUGAUAGAACAAAAUCAGACUGCUAAGGUCUCAUAUUAGCUUAAGCUGGAUGUAAUGGAUUUUACACAGAACAAGGGCUAGCUCUUAGUAUUGGAAUUGCAUUAGGAAGAGAUCGCUUCAUGGCAAAUGUGGACAGGAGGAAUGAUCAUUUCAAUGUAUGUAUGGGACUAAUGUGUCUCCACAUACUUUUGGCCAAUUAGUGUAGUUCCACAUACUGUAUACGUGAUUCACAAACAUUGUUCCAAACACGUUGUACCUUCUCUCUGAUACUGGAGUAUCUCUGGUAUGUGUUUCUACAAGUUACGCAAACUGUUAAAAUAAUAUUCGACGUCAAAUACAAUAAUGGGAUGGGCAAUUAAAAUGCAUAAGCUAUUGUAAUCCAUGUGUAGUUCUG